AGAGAGAGAGAGAGAGAGAGAGAGAGAGAGAGAGAGAGAGCUAAGCAGCUUGACUCACAAGGGCACUGCGCUGUCUGGGUCAGAUGUGUGAGCUACUGUGAGGAGCAGCAUGCCGCUGAUUGGAAAGGAAUAAGCAGGGAACCAAGCAUCGGUCUGACUAGAAGUUGCAGGAUUCGUCAAUGAAGAAGUGGAGAUCAUUUUACCGAACUUAGCCAGUUUGGAGGACAUCUCAACCCAGCUGGUCACUCCAGCGUGGCGACAUGAGGAGGGACCGGCUGCUGGUGACCGUCACUUUGGUCACUCUCUUGGCGGCUGACAUCCAUUUCGUCCUGCUUCCCAGACUCAAAACCUGGUAUCAUCUGCCCAGAGAAAGCUGUGCAUGCAGGGUCACCAACGACAGCCUGGAGAACGGAGGAGCUACUACGACCGUCCCGUGGACGACCAGCCAGAAUUUCACGGUGGUUUCCACCGAGCGAGGCUCUAAGCUGGAGCGGCUGUUCAGACAUCCUCUCUACAACAUCCGUCUUCCAGAACUGGGGCCCGACGAGCGGCUACUGCAAGAAGAGGAGCUCAUGAAUUACUGCAAGAAGAAAGUGAGCCGCUGGGAGAGAAUGAAAAAGUUCUACAUGGAGGCGGCAACAGCUUCAAACAUCACUAUUCUCGAUCAUCCCGUGACCUUUGACCCGGAGGCCAGCUGGCUGCGGUUCCAUCUAGGGAUCAAUCGAUAUGCGCUGUACUCGAGAGACGACAGCGGCGUCGACAGACUCCUGCAAGACAUGCAGACAGCCACCGUCAUCAGCGCAGAUUUCACCCAGGAUGAGAAAGCGCUAAAGGGUGCAUGUGACUGCUCACAAGUGGUUAAACCAAGCGGUCUUCACCUGAAGUUGGCCCUAAAGCUCCAAGAUUUUGGCAAAGCUAUGUUUAAACCAAUGAGACAGGAGAGACAUGAAGAGACGCCGGAGAACUUCUUCUAUUUUGUCGACUUUCAGAGACACAAUGCUGAGAUAGCAGCUUUCCACCUCGACAGAGUGCUGGACUUCCGGAGAGUUCCACCGGUGGUGGGACGAUUCAUUAACGUGACGGGUGAAAUUUUGUACAUAACACACAAUGAGGAGCUGCGCAGUGUCUUCUUCAACUCUCCAGCCAACAACACGUGUUUCUUUGCCAAGUGUUUAUACGUGUGCAAGUCGGAGUACGCCGUGUGUGGUCAUCCUGAUCUGCUGGAGGGCUCUAUGUCUGCUUAUCUACCGGGGUUGAGCAUCGCCCCGCGUAUCUCCAUCCCAAACCCCUGGAUCCGCGCCUACAGUUUCACCGGGAGAGAGGAGUGGGAGGUCAAUCCAUUAUACUGUGAUACUGUCAAAAAACUUUAUCCCUACAACUCUGGGAACAGACUGCUCAACAUUAUUGACAUGGCGAUAUUUGACUUUCUUACAGGAAACAUGGACAGACACCACUAUGAAAUUUUCACCAAGUUUGGAGAUGAUGGCUUCCUGCUUCACUUAGACAAUGCCAGAGGAUUCGGCCGGCAUUCAGACGAUGAGAUGUCCAUUCUUGCUCCAUUGACCCAAUGUUGCAUGAUCAAGCGUUCCACGCUGUUCAGACUGAAGCUUUUGGCGAAGUCCGAUUACCGCCUGAGCGACGUCAUGAGGGAAUCCCUCUCCAGAGACCCUCUCUCUCCAGUCCUGACUGAGGACCACCUGCAGGCCUUGGACCGCCGGCUCGGACAUGUGCUCAGGACAGUAGGAAAGUGUGCGAAGAAGCUGGGAGAACCACAAGUGGUGAUCACAGAUUUUGUAGAGUCAUCCAGAGUAACUACAAGCCACCCAAGAGGAAACAACAGGUGACAGAACGAGAAGAGCGAGGGCUGGAGGAGAUAUCAGCAAUCCACUGAAGUGACGUUAUGAUAACUUUCAGACUAAAUCACCCGUCCUGUCCAAAAUCAUGGCAUCUUAGGACGUCAGGAGGAAAAAUUAUUCAUAUUUCCGAUUGGUUAAAAAGGGCUGUGUAAUAUUCUUAACUGUCAAAAUUAUGAGAUAAAAAGUCACAACUAUGAAUUUAACAAAGUUUCACAAACUAAAACGAAGAGAGAAGGUCACAGAGAUUUAAAUUAUGACAAUUAUGAGAGAAUCAAAACUAUGAGAUCGUUAAGUAAUUAUUGAGAUGAAGAGCUCUGAAAUUGACAUGAAAUUUAAAUUAUAAGUUGAAAUGUUCGUGAAACAUCUGAAUAUGAGAUAAAACUUAGUAUCGCGAUGUCAAUAUAUAACAAUAUAUAACACAACUACAAAAGUGUGUCUUUUUAACUCGUGUUGAGCGUUUAUCUCAUAUUUAUGACUUUAUCAUAAUUAUGAUCGGCUAAAAAGGCCUGUCUGAUAGUCCUAUAAAAUCUUAAUCGUCAAAAGUGACAAAAAGUCAAAAUUAUGAGAUACAAAGUCAUAAUCAUAACAGCCAAAAUUAUCACUUAAGUAGAAAUUAUGAGAUAAAUCGGAGAGAAACAAAGAAUAAAAAUAUAACGCAUAAAUACGAUCAUAUCAAAAUUAUGAGAAAAUGUCAAAAUUAUGAGACAAGUCAUUAAAGACAAAGGGAUCAUAAAAUAGUGAAAUAAAAAAACAUAUUUGUAAAUUUUGUGAUGAAUAUCUCAUAGUUCCAACUUUCUAUCUCAUAAGUAUCACUUUUUGUCUCAUAAUUAACUUGGUAGCACUUUAUUUUACAGUCCUGUUCCUCAUGUACAUACUAUGUACUUAUUAUAGUAAUUACAAUAACUAUGUAAUAACUAGGUACUAACCCUGAACCUACCCCUAAACCUACCCCUACCCCAUGUAGUUACCUUGUGUUACCAGAACUUUCUUAGAUAAAUACACUGUAAGUACAUGUUAGUACACAUACUGUAAAAUAAAGUGCAACCAUUAACUUUAUAUAAUUUUGACCUUCUAUCUCAUGUUUGUCUUUGUAUAAUUAUGCAAAAAAGGGGUCAUUAAAUAUUACUUCAAGAACCUCCCUCUCUAAAAUCCCCCAAGCCAGACAGAUGAUGCAGCAUUCGCAGGAGAGAGAUGAUCUUCAGAUCUCCUUACAUCAGCAAACACACCAUUCAUGUGGUGCUUUAACUGCACAGCAAGUAGCAUUUCCUCUGAUUAUCCGUUCCUUUUCUGUCCAUUUUUAUACAAACAACCAUUAGUGGCGGCUGAGCUGAUGAUGUAGCACACAAACAGGCCACAUCACCAGAGAAACUCUGCGGUAGGUUGCGAGACAGAUUUCCAGACGGACCGUAAGCGUGUAAUCUUCAGCUGUCUCAUCUGUUUGCACUUCACAGGCUGUCAAGUGGAAUCUUUGAAAAUGAAUCAAACCAAAUCAUUUGAAGUUUUUAAGCGUUGUUGCAACUUGUGGUUCACCACGUUAUUGCUAGCUGAAAUCCGUCAUCAUUAGUGUCUCAGCUAGCAGAGAUCAAUUUGGGUUUACCAAAUGCUGAUCGAAUGCUCAAAAUGUUAAUUUCGGAAUUGGUGGUGGUGGAUAAACAUGAUCUAAAAAAAAAAACAAAACAAAAAAAAAACCUGCAAAUCAAAUUCUGGUCAUAAUUAUUCAUGGCUGUUUGUCACAUUCUCACAUUUGCUCAUUAAAAUGACAAAAAUGUUUUCAUA